CGACCAAGUACAGUAGUCAGGCUGCGGCGUCCGCCGUCGAACGUUGCACUGCACAUCUCCCGCGCUGCACUCACCUGCGGCCGCUUCUGCGACUGCCACCAUGGGCGUCGGAGAGACCAUCACCGUCAUCAACCGCUCGGGCAAGGUUGUCAGUAGCUCCAAGCACAUCAUCAAUGUCUUCAAGGAGGCAAAGUCGGCCUACCGCGAGCGCAAGGCCGAGAUCCAGGCCGAGCGCAGCGCCGCCCUGCACGAGAGGAAGCUGCGCGACGCCAUCAAGUCGGUGCGCCUGGACGACGACACGCGCUCGCGCGCGUCCUCGCACCGCUCCAAGCACUCGCACGCCACGCACCGAUCAAAGUCGCACCGCCCUUCGCGCCCGCCCCUGGAGCGGGGCUUCACCGACAGCUUCUAUGCCAACGACGACUCAUCGCCGCGCCGCAGCCGCCACCGCUUCGAGGACGAUCUGGCCGGCGCCGCCCAGGAAGGCCACCGCAUGGAGCUCGCCAGGCGCAACACCGAAGCCGCUGUUGCCGUGAAGCGUGAAGACCCUGCGCGACGCAAGUCCGACUCGGGCAUCGACAUGGACCUGUGCUACGGAGAGAUACCACCACCACUGCCGGACAAGCGCUACGACGAGGUGGAACUGCGCGACAAGGCGUCCAAGAUCACCAUGCUCCUCGACGAGGCCAACUGUUUGCAGUAUUCUGUAACCUCCAUGAUCGAAAACUUGCAAAAGAACCCGGACGCCCUGGCCGCAGUUGCGCUCACCCUUGGCGAGAUCAGCACAAUGGUAAAAAAGAUGGGCCCUAGCGUCCUCCCGAUACUUGCCAAGAGUUUCCCUGCCGUCGUGGCUCUGCUCGCAAGCCCUCAGUUCAUGAUCGCCGGAGGCGUCGCGGUUGGGGUUACCAUCGUUGCGCUUGGUGGCUACAAAAUCGUAAAGAAGCUGCAGGCUCAAAAAGAAGAGCAGGGCCACCCCAUGGCCAUGACCGCGGAUGUGGGGGCGAGGGAUGAGCCGCUGAUGCUGGACGAGCUGGAGCCUCCCGAGUUGGGCCGCAUCGAGGUCUGGCGCCGCGGCAUCGCAGACGUAGAAGCUGAAAGCGCCGGCACUUCCGUCGAUGGCGAAUUCAUAACACCUGGAGCAACACGACACCUCGCGGCCGAAGGAGUUCUUGACGAGGACGACAUCAGAUCUCGGCGCAGUGCACGCUCAAGAAAGGACGGCGAGCAUCGCUCAAAGUCCCACAAGGCGAAAAGUGUCCGCAGCGAGGCGACAACAAAGACCACGAAGACGACGAAAACUGCAAAAACCGAAAAGACGGAGAGAUCCUCGACCACGUCCCGCAGCAAGACCGUCAAGGAGAAGAGCAAGAAGAAGGAACCCUCUGGUCUGAAGAUGCUUUUCCGAUCACAUUCUUCCUGAGCGUACAUGCAUAUGUCCCUUUCUUUAUCAUAGCGUUUGGCGUUUCUGUUUCAUGCGACAUACCUUUAGACCGACGUUUUUCGAUUGCAUACGGUCAGUCCUUUGCUUAUACCGCUUGGCAAACUUGGAGUUUUGGGUUUCUCCACUGUACAACCUACG